AUGAAAGUUGAGACAUCAAAACGUGAUUUGCAUUUGGAUCGCAGUGAGCUUGAGACUAAGUGCCGUGCUAAUGUGGAACCAUUUAAGAUUGGAUCCUACCUUGCUUUGGGACUAGCGGGAUACCACGAUCAAAUCCAGAGUGAUCUGGACUAUAGCAGGAUACUACUUUACGGAGAUCAUCAGUACUUCUACGAGGUUUUUUCCUUAGCUUGUAUUCGAUGCCUACUCUUUAUAUAUGUCACUUCCGUCCCCCAAUCCCCUUCCCUCAGGAGUGAAGUUGCUUUCCUUGGGUCAAAUGUGGCAUUUCUUCUAUUAUACGAUACCGUAGAAAUGGAAAUGGGAAGGAAGGAUUCAUGGAUGCACAGAAUAUUCUGGGGAAGAAGCUCUUUGGCUGUUGUGCUAGAAUCAGAUGUGGUUGAGCUAGUGGGAUAG